AUGAUUCCGAAGCCAACGGUAAAGAUGACCAAAGCGCAGCUCGUCGAGCAAAACAAGCUACGAAAGUUACGGACGGAGUUUGUGGCAAUCCAGCGUAGCUUGACAGCAACCGGUAACGACGAGCAGGCGACCCCUGCGAAGCCAGGCUACUACGCGGACAUUUUGGUUGUGUUCGCGGACCUACAUGGGCUUGGGGACAUUGAGUUUGGCAUGGAGCGUGCUGCAAAUGCGAGCCUCAGUGAAGAUAAUCAAGCCUUCCGCCAAGCGGAAGGCUGA